UGAGAUUACCGAUUCGUCACGUAUUCCUUUCAAAAAUCGAAAAUCUACAUACCUACUCGGCCCAGCUCGGCGGCUAACUUCUGACUACUUCUACCGGCCGGCAACCGUCGGCGGGUUAGUAUUGGAGAGAGCGCCUUCCCGACGACACUGCUUCCGUGCUCCCAAAAAUAACUAACCAUGCCUGAGGUCGUGUUCUACUACUUCCCCGUGAAGGCUCUGGGCGAGUCCGUCCGCUUGCUGCUGGCUUACGGUGGCCAGGAGUUCGAUGACCGUCGUAUCCCACAGACAGAAUGGCCUGCAUUCAAGCCAAAGACCCCAUUUGGUCAGAUGCCAGUUCUGGUGAUUGACGGCAAGGAGUACGCUCAAAGCUUGGCCAUCAGCCGGUACCUCGGUAACAAGUACGGAGUCGCUGGAGACUCCUUCGAGGAUGCUCUGGAGAUCGACCAGAACGUGGACCUCAUUAAUGAUCUGCGUGCAAAGGCUGCAGUAGUACAGUAUGAACCUGAUGAGGCUGUGAAGGAAGCUAAAUACGCUGACUUCGUUAAGAACGUAUUCCCAGACCUUUUAGAGAAAUUGAACGCUAUUUUUGUCAAGAACAACGGCCAUGUUGCUUUAGGAAAGUUGACCUGGGGAGAUUUCGUGUUCGCGGGCAUGUUUGACUACCUGAAGGUGAUGCUGCGUAUGCCUGACUUGGAGAAGAAGUACCCAGUGUUCCAGCAGGUGAUAGACAACGUGUACUCCAUUCCUAAAGUCAAGGCGUAUGCAGACGCCGCGCCCCCCACCGACUUCUAAAUUUAAAUUCCUGAAACAACACGUACAAAAUAUAGAGAGUCUAUUUUGAAACUAUACGU